CUCAGGACACACGGAGCUGCGAACUCAGCCGGGAGACGUGACCUGAGGAGAUUCUUCAGUCUGAAAAACACCCCGGAGCAGCAUGAAGCUGGCCACACGUGGAGGCCUGAGCGGCCUGAAGCAGGCGGCGGUGGGCCUGGCGCUGGGAGCGGUGGGGGGCUGCAUGCUGGGCGCCACCGAGGACCCCGUGGAGAAGACGCUGUCCCUGAUGACCGCGGCCGGGCCGCUGAAGCCUCUGAUGGACGCGGUCGGCACCGUGGGGCCCUUGGGCCUGGGGUCCCUGGUGGGAGCCGCGGCGCUGACCAUGGCCAUGACGUCGGUCAUGGCCGGCGUCAUUCUGGCCGCCGUGGUGGCUUCGGUGUUCGCGGCCACGAGGAGCUGCGGCGCCUCCCACAGGGACUCCGUGGGGCUGUGGGUGAGCGCCGGGCUCGCCGGGGCCUUCGGGACCACGCUGAGCGGAGCCACGUUCGGGGGCCUCAGCGAAUGGAUCGUUCAGAGCUACGGCAUGCUGGGACUCCUCUGGACCCUGAGCGUCUUCACCGUCUUCAAGCCGCCCAUGCGCUUCCUGUUCCGGCUGCUGUGGAAGCAGGGCGAGGCCUGCUGCUCCCUGGCGUCUUCGCUGGACCGGGCCCGAGAGAGGGAGGACCUGGAGACCACCGAGCUGCAGCAGAGGCACAGGGUCACCCUGCAGAUCGAGGAGAGGAUCCUCACCCUGGACCGAGGAGGCGGCGGCGGCGACGGCGACGGCUCCACCGAUCCCAGGACCGCCUGGGCCACCGAGCGGAGGCAGAGGGAGGAGCUGGAGAGGAGGAGGAUGGAGAAUGAAGAGGCCGAGAUGAAGCAAAGGACCUUCCAAGACUGGAUCAACACCAUCGUCAGCAGACACGUGGAUUUCCUGGCGUUCUCUGGAAUCCCGAUGACGGUGGUCGCUGUCAUCACGUCUGGAUUUGGGUUGGUCGGUUUUGGACGCCACCAGUCUGUGUUCAUCGUGCUCCUGGCCCUAGUGGCGGGGAUCGGUUAUUACCUCCUGAAGUCCCCGGACUUUAAGUACUGGAUGCUGGUGGGAUGCAUGGGGAUGCUGGCGACCUUCGUCAUCGCGCUGCUGACGCUUCACGCCGGGCAGGAGGCGCUGACGGCCGCCACCAAGACCAGAGCAGCCGGAGACGAUCUGUCCAAGGAGGCCAUCAGGACUCGAGUGAACUACCAGUCCUCUCUGGAAGCGCUCCACGCCGCGUUCUUCGUGUCCAGAACGUGUCAGCUGAGCCUGGGCGCCACCGUGGGCGGGGCCCUGGUCAGGCGGGACGCCGGGGAGGUAAAGGUCAUAGCGGGGUCGGCGCUAGUGGCCGGGACCCUACUGGCCGGGGUGGAGGUGUUGGCCCCGGUGCUGGGAGACGGGGGGACGGCGGGGGCCCUGCUGGGCGUUGUGGGGGCGGCCGGGGUGUCUGUGGGCGCCGUGGCCGCCGUGGCGGUGCGGUGGUCCCAGUGGGCGGGGACUGUGGGCACGGUGGCGGGGCUGGUGGUCGGCGCGGUGGGAAUGGGGAAGUGGCACUUCGUCAACAUCGGACUGCAGAUUCCCGUAGCCUACGUCUUCGCCAUGACCAAUCCUCUGUAGCUGACGGCCGGCGCGUCGCCCCGGCGCCAGGCGGUCCAGGACGGAUUCAAACGUCCAGACGCUUUUCAACGGAUACCUCAAUGUUGAGAAUAAAAUUCUGUAAGUUUCAUAAUAUUCAUAAAUAUCAUUUUCAAGUGAAAACUGGAAACGUUUGUUGCAUUUUAGUUGUUUAGCACAUGACGAUGCUCGGAGUCACUGAAAAGGGACUUUUUGGAAACGCUCCUGCUCUACCUCCGUGUACACUGAGGAAAACGCAACUUUUUAAAAACAAGGCUCUGAUGCCCCUGAAAAUGAUGCUCAUAGAGGGUUGUUCUCUGUUUGCAGGUCUGUGUGAUUUUAUUACAAAACCAAACAACAGCGUUUCCGCCUGUUCCACAACGAAUAAACAAAAUGAUCCGUUUUCCCUCGAAGCGUUGUGGUGUGAACGGCGCCUCGGUGUUUCCUCCAGCCUGACACCUCGCCGUCGAGUCAGUGGGUCGUUCAGACACAUUCAGCUCAUUGCAGGACAUGAAAUUAUGCCGAAAUUAGGGUUUUCUUCCAUAAAUUGUAUUCAGAGACUCUCUUCACUGUUGAACAUGAUGCAGAUGUCAAGAUGAGAGCAGAAGAAACUGAUCAUGCAACUCUGUGAAAACGUGUUGUAUUUUGAGCUCAUUCAGCUUUUUUAAAGUUUGUUAUUUUCAUGUAAUGUUCAUGUUCAUCAAACAGCGGUGGAAAGGUUUGAUUCAGGAUAUUUUGGAGGAUUAUCUGCAAUGUGAGGAACUGUACUGAAACCAAAAAAUCACGUUUCCAUUUCUUAGUGUAGGAAAAUACUGUCUGCAACACUGAAAUGCUUAAAAAAAACAGUGAAGCGGGUUUUCUAUCCACUAAAAGAGUUGCUGCACAAGGCAAACAAACCUCAGAAAGUUUCCCUCCGUUGAAGUGAAACUUCUGGAUUAUUAUUAUUAUUUUUAACGUGAGUUUAUUGUUCUUCUUGUUCCAGUAAUCCAGACUGUUGUUUAUACUCAAGCUGAAGCAUGAACGUGCCAGAUGUUUUCUUUUUUUUUCCCUGAUGUACACUGAACACAUUUUUUUUAAAAGAAUUGAAUCAC